GCAAGGAUUGUGGGAUUUAAGCUGCAAAUUUUCAUCAAUCGCGUUGUUACUUUAUCUUUAACUUUCGCGGCACAAAACGUUCUCCGAAAAUUCCCGUUGCUUUUACGCAGCAUGACAUCCGACAAACCGUCCACCGACAACCAGGAUGGUAAACGAUUGAAUGGCGUAAAUCGGCGUUGUAAGGAUUUCCAUCGUCGAUAUUUGGCUCUUUGCCGGUCGAAAAACUUCCAACCGGUGGCAGAGCUGAUUAACGGAGCCACGGCUAAUCGCAAGCGUAGGGCAGAUCCGCAGCUUAUACCUGCACUGAAUUUCUACGGCGAUCGCUUCAAAGAAUGCGACUGGUUGUUAAUAACCGACGCACUCUUGGAGGAUACAUCUUUGGAAAUGCUCGCGAUAAGACUGCGAAAAGUUCUCUUUGAUAUUUCAGCUCAUGAUAAUGGCUGCUAUCGAAAUGAUUUACCAACUGAUCGACCCAUUGUACUUACGAAGCGAUUGGUAACCCGUUUAAUCGACAGCUUGGGUCAGUUCUUGAUCAACAAUCACGUGGUGAGAGUAUUCAUUCUGGAAGCGUUACCUAUCCAAAGCGUACACGUGGCUACUUUAGUAAAUGGUCUUCAACAUAAUCAUUCCAUCACCGAGCUGAGUUUCGUACGCAGCACAAUCGGUGAUGAUGGUUGCGCAUCCGUUUGCAGUGCCGUUAUGCAUUUACCUAAGAUUGAAUCUUUGAACUUGUCCGCUUGUCAACUAACAGUUAAAGGGUGCCAUGCGGUUGCCGAACUUAUAAAGUAUCAAAAAAUUCAGCGCUUUGCCCAGAGCUGGCAGUUUUCUCUUCGCUACGGGGACAUUGAGACUAGUAAAAUGAAAGGAUUGCGAAACAUAAUGUUAAACGGUAACCCUUCGAUUGGAGAUGAGGGUUUGAUCGAACUCACAGAAGUGCUGAAGGACGACGAAUGGAUAAGACAGGUACAUUUUAGAAACUGUGGCCUCACUGAUCGGGGUGCUAAAUCUCUGGUGGAUUGUUUAAACAUUAACAAAACUAUCGAGAAGUUUGAUAUCCGUGCAAACGCGGGUAUUUCAAAUGAAGCUUGUCAUGAGAUACUGAUAAAAUUAGGAGUUGAAAUGGAGUCUUCUGACAGCAGCCAAUCACUAGCUAACGCUAUGAUCGGAGAGUUAAAAAUGAAACCUGCCGAACAAAUCAAGUUUUUAAAGCAGCAACUUACGGCUGAGCGACAUACCAAUACGCAGCUGCAAUUAAUGGUUGAGCAAUUACAUAUGCAACAGACUGAAUGCGCAUUUCAGCUUAGCAAACUACAGCAGGACUACAACAAAAUUAUUGUUGAGCGUGACGCCCUUAUUGCAUGUAGACAGCAUGAUGCAAAGGCUCACCCGAAGAGCAGACGUGCGUCCUUGCGAAAAAGUAAAAGCGAAGCCUUGCCAAAACCGUCUCAACUGUUCGGAAGAAUACGUAGACACGCUCCCAAUAAGCAAAAUGUCCGUGGUAAUAUCGGAUCUAAAUCGGAUAUAUGUCUUGAUACAACUCGGCAUCGUCAACUAAAAUCGGUUACUCCUGCUCACUAUCCCACGCGAUCACAUUUACUGGAAAGAAAUAUUGGAGACAGCGAAAUAACGGGUCAGCUUAACGACAUCGUCGAACUCAAUGAAGAGCUGGAAGCGGUUCACAAAAACUUUGCCGAGGCCGGUUGUGGCGAUACCGGCAUCGGAUGCUCAAACAUCCAAGUUAGAAUGAUCGGGCAGAAAUUCACGCAAAAUAAUUCAGGCGAAGCAAAAGGAAGUGUUGAAACCAGUGAUGAAGAUUACUUUGUGGACAUAGCAGAAGCGGCAGAUCAAUGGACAUCGAGAAAUACAAGGCAUGAACUGGCGAACGGAGGAGGGUUAACGAGCGAGGAAAAUGACGUAGAUGAAGAUGAUCUGGAUGAGACAAGUGCCAAUUCUUUGUCUGGGGCAGAGCUUUUGAAACUGUUUGUCAAAAAGCGACCAGCGAUGAAGCAUGCAAAUGACACACAGUCGAUGUUCAAGAGUGUAUACAGCGGCGAGGGGCAUUAGGAACAAAGCAAUAAUUGUUUCCAGAUAUCUUAUAUUUUGUAAAAGUAUUUUAAACUUUUUCAAUUACGCAAAUUAAAAUUCGCAAUGACUAUA